ACUGUGCCAAAUGAAGACUAAAAGUGAGACACAAAAGUCGAAUUAAACUUCAACCACUUCCAUACUACUAAAGAACUUUUAAUAUUUUUAUACGAAAGCCUGUGGGAGCAGUCCAUAUAAAAAACGCGCAAGUCUUGAACCAAAGAAGCAUCUUGAGAGACGCCACCUUCAAGCUAAACAAUAUCCUCCACUGCUCAACGUAUAGCACUCGGUUCUUCUUCUUCUUCAUGACUAAUCAUGGCCAGAAUAUACAGCAAGAUGGUAAAAGACGUCGCUUAGUACUGUUUCCAUUCCCAUUACAAGGACAUAUAAAUCCCAUGAUUCAGCUGGCCAGCAUCCUUCACCACGAAGGAUUCAAUAUUAUCAUCAUUCUCACCAAAUAUAAUUGUCCAAAUCUAUCUAAAUACCCCCAUUUCGUCGUACACUUAAUCCCUGAUGGCUUAUCAGAAAGUGAAGUUUCCACAGCACAAACUGAAGUUGUGCAUACACUAAAACUUCUUAACGACAGGUGUGUUAAACCAUUUCGUGAUUGCUUGGCUCAGUUGCUAUCUGAUGAUCCUAUACAAUGUCUACUUACGGAUUCUGCUUGGUAUUUCGCACAAGAAGUUGCUGACAACCUUAAGAUUCCGAGAUUUGUACACCGGACAAGCAGCGUCUGUUCGCUAUUAGCCUUUGCAGCUCUACCGCUUUUUCGAGACAAGGGUUACUUAUAUAUGAAAGAUUCCGAAAUGGAAGAACCAGUUUUGGAGCUCCCACCGCUGAAAGUUAAGGACAUUCCAACAAUUGUGACCCGAAAUAUAGAGGAGGAAUAUCAAGUCACAGCUAAAAUGGUGGAAGAGACAAAGAAAGCUUCAGGUCUAAUUAUCAACACCUUUAAAGAACUAGAAGAGCCCGAAUUAGCCAAACUUGGUGAACAAUUUCUCAUGCCUACUUUUGCAAUUGGCCCAUUUCAUAAAUACUUCUCAGCUUCCUCGAGUAGUUUAUGGACACAAGAUCGAACCUCCAUAUCCUGGCUGGAUACACAAGCACCCAAGUCAGUAAUCUAUGUGAGUUUCGGGAGUGUUGCAACAAUGUAUGAAGAAAAAAUGAAUGAGGUAGCUUGGGGGUUGGUUAAUAGCGAGCAACCAUUUCUGUGGGUUGUUCGUCCUGGAUUAGUCCAUGGCUCAGAAUUUGAAACCUUGUCAAAGGAAUUCUUGGAGGCAAUUAGUAGAAGGGGAUUUAUUGUAGAAUGGGCUCCUCAACAAGAAGUUCUAUCUCAUCCUUCUACUGGUGGAUUUUGGACUCACAGCGGAUGGAAUUCGACUUUAGAGAGCAUUUGUGAAGGUGUCCCAAUGAUAUGUUCGCCUUUCUUUGGUGAUCAGAAGGUAAAUUCCAGAUAUGUGAAUGAUAUCUGGAAAGUGGGGAUUAAGUUGGAGAAAGGGCUGGAUAGAGUUGAAAUAGAAAGUGCGAUUAAAAAACUAAUCGUGGGGAAGGAAGGGGAAGAUAUAAGAAAGAAUAUAAUGUGUUUGAAGGAGAAAUUAGAUCUUUGUUUGAAAUCAGGUGGUUCUUCUCACCAAUCACUUGGUAACUUGGUUGAUUUCAUUUCAUCUUUCAGAUCUCCUGUUUGAUCUUUCUCAACUAUGAUUUUGUUAUAUAUUACUUCCUAAUAGUUUGAUUGCACAUUUUUGUAAAUAUUUCCAAGCCUAAAAAUUUGGUCUUUCUUUGUGUAAUGUUAGUGUUUUCUAUCUCUAUUCUAUCUAUAGUUUGAACUCAAUUGUUACCUGUAUGUGUUUAUGGGGUUUCCGCUGGACAGUCCAAAUCUGUUCAGCUUGAAAAAGUUAUGCCGCAGUUCUUUGAAUUUCAAAUUUACUACAAGUUCCAUGUCUUGAUAAAUCCAGCUCUUCCUUUUCCCAGUAUGUCACUUUCUACUCACCCUUUUCUGCAUAAAUUCAAAUGAUUAGCAAAUGAGAAAAUCAGUUUGAAUUAUAUAAUCUGCUGAGAAUCAGUUUCAUACCUGUUAGGGUACUUCACCAGAAUCAAUGAUUUCCUGAAUACGAAAAUUGACAAGAACACAGAAGGACUAAUGGUUCUGAAGUAAAAAAAGGAAUCCCCAUCUAUUCAGUUACAUGAGCAGCAAAACUGAAGACUUCAUCAAUUAUUAUGCACUUGACAGGCCUUCCACUGCACUUGGCCAAUCCAUUGACAACAUCAGGUUCCGAAACUCUUGAUUUAAGCUCAUCAUGAUGUUCAGGGGUUGCUUCCCAAUUGCAUUGGCCAGAUUCAGCAUGAACUUGGGAUGGACUUGCAUUGGCAAUGGGAAGAUGAGAAUGUGUGGUGGGAGUUCUCGUGCUGAUUCUUGAAUUGAUAGAGCACAUUUUGAUACGCCCUGCAAGCUAGAAAUAGUACUAAUACAACUUUUUUCUUCACAAUAUUGGAUGGAAUAGUUGCAAGUCCAUGACAUCUAAACU